CUCAGAGAACUGUUGUGAUGUCCGGAAAAAGGCAGCAUGGCGGAUUUAUUUUUCACUGCAUGCAUUUCUUUGCCCUGUUCUGCUAUAUUGUAUUGACAUUAAUAACGGAUAUGUAACCCCGCAAUGAGCUGUGUCCUCAGACACUAACGGCUGCGGAGGGAUCUCGCCGCACCGCUGCCUGUCUCUCUGCUCACGUCGUGACUUGUAAACCCAGUUUGGUUUGACUGAUCUCAGUGGGAUGAAUCUUCAGGAGCCAGAACAAGGGCCAAAAAGGAUUACAGUUAACUCAGGUGACUCCGAGUCAAAGAAGAAAUACAAUUGAACACAAAGAAAAAACACCAGAAACUAACAAUGGAUAAAGUGACAGUAGAAGUAAAUGAGGAUGUGACGAGACAGGAGCUGCUCCCAGAGCCCCUACUGAUAAUCCUGUCCCCACCUCCACCUUUCCUACCCGCCGCUGGUAAACCAACCAUGUUGUGGCACAAGUGGCUCAAAGCUUUUGAACACUAUGUUGAGGCUCUUGGUGAAAACGAACUUGCUGAAUCCUCUAAGUGUGUGCUCCUAAAGAACUGCCUUGGCGUUGAGGGCCAGCAUAUCUUCAGCAAUCUGAUCCACAGUGAAACCUCAUACGCAGCAGUCAUCUCCUCACUGAUGCUUUACUUCUGCUCCGAUCACACCUCUCAGAUGUGCCUCCUUCAAUUUCAUCAGAGGGCUCAGACGCCCGGGGAGAGUGUAGAUGUGUUUGUGUCUGCGUUAAAAGAACUGCUGAGGCCUUGCAAUUGCGGAGACUUACAAGACAAACUCAUCCUGGAUCAGCUGAUUGAGAAAACCAACUGCCCGCCACUCAAAGAGAGGCUGCUGUUGGAGAGGGAAACGUUGACCCUGGACAAUGCCUUGGUUAUUGGUAAAGAGGUUGAAUCUGCUUUUAAUGAAACUGAACUGUUUGGUAUUCAUGAGGUCAGUGUGGACAUUGAAGAGGAUUUAGACCCUCCUGUUCCAACAAAGCGUAAAAGAGGACGACCUCGGCGUGGCGAGGGAAAGCUAAAAAACAAAACAAAACCACCCAUGACCAAAACUCAUACAAGAUCACCUAGAUACAAAGAUAGUUUCUAUUACAGCAAAGAUAAGCAAUAUUAUAGUGAAAAUGAUGGAGGUGAGUCAGAAAGUGCUCAGGAGACUAAUCCAGCUUUUGAUGAACCCAACGAUGAAGCAGCUCAAGAGGAGAAAAGAGAGUCGUUACCAUCCUCACAAUGGAUGGAAGAGGAAGGCUGCAACAAUGCUAGUGAUGGUGUUGAUGAUGAUGAUGAUGAAGAUUUAGACUUUAACCCUAAACAAAAACGCCCAUACUGUCCCAUUUGUGUCACAAGGCGCUUCAGAGACGCAAACAAGCUCGCCAGACACAUGAGAACGCACACGAAGGAGAAACCGUUCAGCUGCCCGGUCUGCAGUACGACCUUCAGCCAAUCAUACCAUAUGACCCGACACAUGAGGAACCAGCACAAUGCGGGACAACACGUCUGUUCCACAUGUGGGGAAAGUUACGAGAGUCUGGCAGAUCUGCAAAGUCACAAGAAGACGCAUGUGUCACAAGUUCUGUCCUGUCCAAACUGUCAGGAAAAAUUCCCCAACAAUAAAGCGUUUAGUAGUCAUGUCCUGUCACACUGCAAAGACCAGUCCACCCAGAUAGAGGGGCAGAGUCAUCUGCAAAGUGAUGAAAUAAAAAACCAGGAAAUCAAAUCAUUAAACAACGAUAAUCAUGAGAGUAUUAAUAUCAAUGAUAAUGUUGCUGAGAACAGUGCAGACUCUGAGAAUAGUGAUUCUCAGGAUGAAAAAUGUAAAGUUAAUGUUAAAGUUAAGGACAAGCAAAAAGCUAAAUCCCAACAUGGAGGCAGUCCCAGUGAAGGAAAAAGAGCCUCCAAGACUAAAACAAAGGGCCACUUCUGUCCCAUCUGUGUCGGCAGGCGCUUCAGAGGACCAAACAAACUCGCAAGACACAUGAGGACGCACACAAAGGAAAAACCCUUCGGCUGCCCUGUCUGCGAUAUGAGCUUCAGCCAAUCCUACCACAUGACCCGACAUCUGAGGAAGCAGCACGGCAUGGGCCAGUACAUCUGCGAAAAAUGUGGGAAAAGUCUAUCGAGUUGGCUGGAGCUGAGAGCGCACAAGAAGACUCAUGCUGUUGAAGGCCUGACAUGUCUUGCUUGUGAUAAACAUUUCAAAGAGAAGGCUGCCCUAGUGAGUCAUCUUAAACUACACAAAAAGGUCCAGGCAAAUCCCCGGAGCCUCACCUGUGGCGAUUGCGGUAAAGUAUUUGGGCGAAUGUAUCAUCUGAAAAGGCACAUAGUGACCCAUCGCAAAGCAACAAACGGAGAGAUUUACACGUGCCCUGAUUGUCAGAAGAAUUUCGCCUUCCCAGAAGACCUCAACAAACACCUGGAAAUUCAUGUAAAAGAAAACAAUGGGACCUGUCCGAAAUGUGAAGAGACCUUUAGUAGUCCAGAAGACCUGGAGGCGCACAUGGGGGUCCAUGAGAAGUCUUAUGCCUGCAACACCUGCGGGAAGAAGUUCAAGGUUGAGUACGCACUAAAGAAGCAUGAGCAAGGACACCAAGACGAACAGUAUUAUUGUUCGUUGUGCCGGAAACACUUCAUCAAGCUGUCCCACUACAAGAGGCACAUGACGGUCCACGACAGGCGGGAAUCAAAAUGUCCACACUGUGACAGCGUCUUUCUGCAGUUAACAGCUUUUAAGUAUCACCUGCGGACUCACACUGAGGAGAGGCCGUACCAGUGCACCUGUUGCAUUGAGACUUUUGAGGAGAAGAAAGAUCUCGAUCAACACUGCUUCAAGCACAGGAAAUUUAAGAAGGAGAUGCCAUACUCGUGCACUAGGUGCGAUUCUGCUUUCACAACACUCCUUGAGCUGACAGACCACAUGAGCUCACAUGAUGGAGAGCAGCCGAUGAACUGCCCCAUCUGUGGCAAGACUUUCCUCAAUAAGAGCAAGAUGGAGAGGCACCUCAGCAUCCACUCGGGGGAGAGACCGCACCUCUGCUCCAUCUGCGGCAAUGGCUUCCCCUCAGCCGCCAGCCUCAAGUUACACUUCCACAUCCACACCGGAGAGAAACCCUUCCAGUGUUCACAGUGCAACAAGAGCUUCCGGUCGUCUAGCGGACUGCGGCUUCACAGCCGGCAACACAUGGAGGUGCGGCCCAGCUACGAGUGUCCUGAGUGCGGCAGGACUUACGGUCGCAUGACGGAACUGAAGAUGCACCAGCGCUAUCACACAGGGGAUAAGCCGUACGCAUGCACCUGCUGCAACAAACGCUUUAUUAGCAAAAACAAGCUGAACGUUCAUAUGAGGAUACACACAGGGGAGAGGCCCUACGCCUGUCCACACUGCGGACAGACAUUUACACAGACUGGAGACAGAAACCGACACAUCAGUAAAUACCACGAGUUACAUACUGCAGUACCAAACUCCAGUGAAGAUUAGCUGGCUUUUGAUUGUGCCAGUGGUUUUGCAUGUUUGUUGAAAACUGACUUACUGAUUGAAUUGGCCUUGGAACACUGAAUUGUCCAAUGACCAGUGAAUGUGAUAAAUGUUUUGCUAAAUUAAAGAAGCACAUGGAUAUUCUCUUGUAGCAAAAAGAACAAAAUACAAAACAAAGUAAGGCCUUUAAAUUAUAAUUCAACCAAGGUUCGAUAAACACUUCAUUGAAAGUAUAAGAUACCAUGUUGACAAAUAAAGUUCCCAAAAAUGUCAGAAAAGCUAAUGAUGAAAUAAUCUGCUCAGAAUCCAUCGAAAGAAAUAGUCUUAGAAAAACCUUCUGCACAUUAUGGUUUAUCAACUAUUGUUAUGCAUUGAAUAUACUGUGAAAUAUUCAUAAAAUAGAUGUUACUUAGAGGUUGUCAGUUUGCUGCAUGGUAGAAAAAAAGGUCCCUUAAGACAAAGUUGUGAACAACUGGAAAAAACAUGCAAAACCACUGUCUUUUCUGUCCAGCCUUUACUGUCUCCAAACAGUUUGUCCCUGCUUUGCUGUUUUCUGCAAGCUUCAUACCUGGACUCUCUUCUAUAUCACUACAUUUUACCACUAAAUACAACAGCUGUGCAUGAGGGGUUAGUCAUUGUAGCCCAUCCCCCGCAUCCCUGUGCCUGACACUUCUUCUCCAAACAAGCACCUUGCACUCCCAACAAACUCACAGUACUGACUGUAUGCAAGUUUCACAGUUUGCCUUGCCCAAAUCUAUAGUCGCAUACAAGUUUAAAUCAAGUAUUAGUAUCAUGUAUAUCACUCAAAUUAUGUAAAAAUCUAAUAAUUCAAAGAUUAUGUUUCAAGUAUUUUGUUGUCCUCCAUUACACAGUCGGUGUUGUCAUGAUCUUAUGUUGUUUCUUUUCAGAUAAUAUUUUAGUUUUGACUUCUCGGUAACCAAGCCUUUUGUAACUGUUAAAAAAAGUGCCAAAAAAAAUAAAAACGUGAUUCACUCUGCUUGCUCA